AGGCGCCGAUCGGGGCACCUCCGUUUCUCUGGAAUAAAAGCAGUCAAGAUAUUGCCCAAUUCAAAACGAAGAAAUUGAGUGUAGAACAGCUCUAUCUCAGUUUCUCAAAGUCCUCAAUGUCCAAAGUAUUGGAAAGAAGAAAUUCAUUUAGUGGUAGCACUCCUACAAUUUCUGCUGCAGAUUCAAGAAAGAAUGAGAAAACGACACCACAUUAUCUAAGAGCUUCUAAAGGCUCUUGCCAUGAUUUAUGCAAAUAUGGACACAAAAGUCCUGAAGAAGAGAAGAAAUUUUCAACUUCAGGAGGCAGGAGAAAGAAACUCCCUAGUCAUUUAAAUAAUCAGACGUUGCACAGAUCAGCCAUCUUGGAUAGAUCGAAGGAUGUCAGGCAUAAAAAUCUUUCUCUAGUCAAGUCAAGCAUAUCUCUGGGAGAAUCUGAAUGCAUUGUUCCCAAGAAAACAUCAGCAAAUUUGAAAGGAUCCUCUGAUCAUUUGGUUCCACACAGUUCUUCAUCAGCUGAUCACAAAAACGUGAACCUUGAUGGAAGAAAGAAGCACCCAACAUUUGCACAGAAGUCUUCAGCUGAUUCAGGAUCUUCCAAUGGAGUUCCUAAACUUGACAAAAAAUUAGCAAUGCCAAACAAGGGAACCAUUGCGCCCGCCAAGUUGAAGCUAGCAGAGAUGCCACAACUGGAGAAAUCUAGAACUUUGGAAAAGGUCAGAACGGUCAAGCAAUCAUCUAUUAAGAGGCCGACUUCAUUGCCUACUAAGCUUAACUUGAUUAAGCAAGUGCCUGCGCCAUCUCAGGCUUCUAGUUAUCUACUUUCUUCAAAAGGUAAACGCGUUGUAAAGGGAGAGCUUACAUCUCCAUCAGCAACACUUACUGGUGUGCGGAGAAGUAACAGUGGUAAAACUGGAAGAAGUCUUAUGAGUUCAAGCAAGCCAAGUGUCAAUGGAAAAGAAGCCUUGGAUAUGUCCAUAUCACCAUUCUUUGUGGAUUCCAAGAUGGAUGUUUCUGUUGUAAUACAAGAAGAUGAUGUACAAGAUUCAUUCACGAGAUGCCAUCAUGUGGAGUCAACACUGGCAGGAGUAUCUUCACAUACCACUGAAUGUGUUGAUGAAUCUCGACGAGAACCUGAAGAAACAACUAUACCUGUUUCAGGGGAUGAUGGCAUGAAAGGUGAUAGGAAGAAUGAAGCAUCAGGAAAUGAAACCCCCCUGCAAGGCUCCAUCAUUGUUGACUUGCUGCAAUCAUCGGAUAAUCAGGAACUCAAGCAUGCACUGAACAAAUAUGACUCAAUACAUAAUCAAGGAGACAAAAAUGCUAUUAAUAGUCAUGCUCUAGAGGCAGAAGACAGCCAAACAGAUUCAGUUGUGGGUAACUCUUUAUCAACUGAAAAUAGUUCAGAAACUGAAGCUGAUGGAGUGAAAGUCAACGCUAGCAUGGAGACUCAAUUCGCUGAAGGUAACAAAGAAGAGGGAGCCCAUGAAAGCCUUCAAGAAUCUAUAGAACAGUUGGUAGUUGGUGGAAAACAUGCUGAGGAGCCUGGGUCUUUCCUUGGUUCCACCUCCGGAAAUACAGUGGAAGAUAUCAAGGCUGAUGAAAUAUUUGAGGGUUGGACUAAUAGCAGUUCUUCACACUGCCAACCAAUUUCAGAAACUUCAUCAGAUGGUGAACUUCUGGUGGAGCCAAAGUCCGUGCAGAUUGAACCAAGUGAUUCUACUGUACAAGCAGAUGGGCUACUGAUUUCCAGUACUGGCGACACCUUUGAACAGGAUGAAUUGAAACCAGUGAUUUUUCUUCGACAGUCACCUGAAGAACUAUCAGAGGAUGAGUUCUAUGAAGAAUAUGAUUUUGUGUUAAGUGAAUCCGAUGAAUCUUGUACAGAAGAUGAAGGAGCAAUGAUCAGUAAAAACAGUGAGGACCAUUUAAAGGCUGAUGGGCAACUACCAAAAAGAACCUCAACACUUGAACAGGAUGAUGCUAGUGACACACCUUAUAAAUUGAAAUUCAAGAGAGGUAAAAUUGUUGAACUCGAGCCAGAUAGUAAUGGUCCAAGAAGACUCAAAUUCAGAAGAAGAUCUGCAAGUGAAGUUUCAAGCAAUGAAGGCCAGUCAGCUAGAAGAAUUUAUAGGAGGAACAGCACAAAAGAUGUUGGACCUUCUAACCUAGACGUGGAAUCUCCUGGUGUCAAACUGCGGCACCAAGACACACAAGAGAAGAAAGAUGCACAGGGGCUGUUUAAUAACGUGAUAGAAGAAACUGCAAGCAAGCUUGUCGAGUCCAGGAAAAGCAAGGUAAAGGCUUUAGUUGGUGCUUUUGAAACGGUGAUCUUGCUCCAGGACGGCAAGCCUGCAUCAUCCACACCACAAGCUGGCAAUUCACCAAACACAUUUCAUGAUGAUGAGGGAAAGGCACCUGAGCAAGCUGCAUAGAUAAUGAUAAUAUGUGCCUUUUUAACAUUGCCAACUAUGCGGUCAUGUUUUCGGCUUUUUUUUUUGGUGGAUUCCAGAAUUGGAUUAAUGGAGAGGUUGUUGUGUAGCUUGUACAUUAUAUCUCUUUUAGAAGUAAUAUUUUAGAGUAUAUGCUAAUAAAUAGUCAAUGUGCUUCAUGUAAAUAGUGAUUUCAGGUUUCCUUCAUUGUAAACCAACCAAGUUAUAAAACCAAGUGUCUUGUAAUUGGAUUUGUUAAGUACUAUAAGAGAUGUUGGUUUGGAGUUUUUGGUUUG